ACCAGCAGCCUUUAAAUGAUGUGACAGCAGCUGCAGAGAGACAUUCACCAACCAGACUCAAGACUUUACACACAGAGGAAGAAACAAGGAAGAAGAAACAGAGAUGGGACGACUCGGUUUACUCGUCUGUGUCGGUGUGAUUUUUGUGGCUUCGGCUGUGAGCGUAGUGAUCGACCCGAGGGGAGCUCGGCCGGUGGAGCAGGGCACCAGAGGCGAUAAAUGCGCAACUCAGAAGGAAUGGCCUUUCUGCACAUCUGAUGAAUGGGGCUCUAAAUGUCCUUCGGGAUGCAGGAUUCAGGGUCUGUUGGAUAAAUACGACCACAGCCAGCUGAGGAGGAUCGAGAAGAUCCGCAACCUCCUGGAUCAGAACAAAGCCAAGCACCGCUCUGCAGACCAGGUGUCCAAGCAGACCUACGAGUACCUGAAGGAGAAACUCAUCGUGGACUCUGGUAAUGACAACAGCUACUUCGACUUGGCCCAGAAUCUGCGUCAGAGAAUCAUCGACAUGAAGAUCAAGAUCGACAGACAGCUGAGGGUCCUGGGCGCUCUGAAGGAACGUGUCAGAGACCAAGUGGUCGAGAUGCAGAGGCUGGAGGUGGACAUCGACAUUAAGCUCCGCUCCUGCAAAGGAUCCUGCAAGAGCUACGCCGAGUACGAGGUGGACCGGGAGAGCUAUGUGGAGCUGAACAAACAGGUUGACCAGCUGGCUGCUCAUGAUGCUCAGAGCGUCGAGACUGUGAGCUCACUUUAUGUGAUGAAGAGCAGGCCGCUGCAGGGUGUGCUUGUGGACCCCAAAUACAAGUCCGGGAUCAGCGGUGUCAGCGUGGCAGGACAACAGAAAGAAGACUUGUUCCCUGAGGUGAAAACCGUCCAGUUGGUCCUAGAACAGGAAGGCUCCAGCUCAUCCCCAGCUACCAUUUCCAAGCAUCAAGGUACUUCCUCCAGUCAGUCUAGACACUCCUCAUCCUCCACGUCAUCCAUCACUGACAUUGGGGGAGGUGGUGGCGGCCCUUUCUUUGGCCCAGGCCCAGUACAACCACAGCCCGGUACAGGCCACUCGAUCACCAGAAUUGAGGGAGGCGGUGGCGACCAUUUCUUUGGCCCAGGCCCAGUACAACCACAGCCUGGUACAGGCCACACAACCACCAGAGUUGAGGCAGGGAGUAGCGGCCAUUACUUUGGCCCAGGCCCAGUACAAGUACAGCCCAGUACAAGCCACACGACCACCAGAACCACCUGCACCAAGACCGUCAGGAGGACCGUCGUCCACACAAAGGAUGGGCCAGUGGAAAGGACAGAGGAAGUGAUGGGCGGAGGCCCUGAGUGCCAGGGGUUAGACCUCACUAAAGGAGGAAUGGGCUCCUUCUUCCCCAGCCUCAGCCACGUGUCCACCUCCUCUUCCUCUUCCUCUUCCUCUUCCUCUUUGAGCCACACCGGUGGUACCAAGGGAAGCCUCUUUGGAGAUCACAAAUCUGGGUUUGGGGAUCCAUUUGCCUCAGACUUCGCCGCAUUCAGGACGGCCAACACAGAAGAUGAUAUUCCCGAUUUCCACGCCCGGAGUGUGAAGAGCUCACGUUUUGAGCGGCACGCCGAUUAUGUAGGAAAAGAUUGCGUUGAAGCCUACCAGAACCACCUGAAUGGGGAAACGAACGGCCUGUUUAAGAUCAAACCCGGCGGCACGGACUCCACAGAGGUAGUGGAGGUUUACUGCCGGCAGGAAGGGUUAAUGGGUGGGUGGUUGUUAGUACAGCAAAGAGAGAGUGGUGUGCUCAGCUUCAAUCGCACCUGGGCUGAAUAUCGCAAAGGGUUUGGCUCAGUCGAUGCGCAGGGCAAGGGGGAGUUCUGGCUGGGUAACCAGAACCUCCAUCUACUGACUAAUCAGGGUGAGACUAUGUUGAAGGUGGAAUUAGAGGAUUGGGAAGGGGGCGUAGCCAGUGCUGAAUACAUUGUCAGGGUUGGUUCAGAGGAGGAAGGGUACCCGCUGCAUGUUUCCGGUUACACUGGGGAUGCCGGCGAUGCUCUGAUAAUGUCUAAGUCUGAUAUGGCUUCUUACCUGUCUCAUAACGGCAUGAAAUUCAGCACCUUUGACAGUGACAAUGAUAAGUGGGAGGAGAAUUGCGCGGAAAUGUAUGGGGGCGGGUGGUGGUACAACAACUGCCAGUCAGCUAACUUGAAUGGGAUGUAUUACAAAGGCUCAUACGACCCAGAGAAAAAUACGCCAUAUGAGAUUGAAAACGGAGUUGUCUGGGUCACAUACAAACCGGCCACUUAUAGCCUGAAAACUGUGAGAAUGUUUAUCCGAUCGGCUGCUUUUUAAUAGGAAGCAGAGAAGGGGAAAAUCAAGGAAAAACCUUUUUGCCAGACACAAUAAAGAAGAGAAUAUAUUAAGAGCCCAUUACAACAUGCUGAACCUAAGGAUGAAUAAAUAUUUGAGGACAAAGGUCUGAAGUGGUUUACGGCCUUUCAGACCUUGCAGACUGUUGAUCUGUUCGUAAAUCAUUAUGGGAUUUCAAAACCAUGUCAAACAGAGCCAGUGUGCUAACAUGUAUUUUUGUUAAGUCUAAUUUUUUUUCCACACUUUGUGUAAACGUCAUUGACCUGCUUGCUAUCGUUAUCUAACCAGUCUUCCUCCGUGUUGUCCCUGUUGCUCAACUCUGUACAAAGCAAUGACUGAACUCUGCUCAAUCAAUAAAGAUUAAAUGUUCACUUCA